AUGUAUAAUUAAAGAAUUUGGAACAAAGUAGACUAAAACUAUUCAAAUUGUACUCAUGUAUUACGUCUAAGGCUUUUAAAAUCAGGAAAGAAUUCUCAUUUUGUUUAUGUAAAAUGUACAGAUACAUAAAUAUAGCUAUUUUAAGUAUGAAAAACUUAUAUAUAUAUUUAGGAUAGCGAUUAAUAGAAACCUUAUAAAUAAUUAACAAUAAACUUUGAAUAUAAGUUUUAGGUAUUAAGAGCACCCCCUUUACUAAUAAACCCAUCGCUUUCUGAAAAGAAAGGUGAAAAUAUUGUAUCUCUGGGAGAAAUACUUGCUAUAAGAUUUCUUCGAGAGAAUGUUGAUAAGUGGAGUGAAUUUAGGGGUUCAGUGAGUGAUUUGGAAUAAUUGAGACAGUUUCUGGGAAAGAAAAUGAAUUAGACAGGAUUCCAUUAGUAUUUUAAAGUAUACAAAAAAAUAGGGAAGGGAAGCUUUGCAUCUGUAUAUUUAGCUUAGAGAAUAGAAGAUGGAACAAAAAUGGCUGUAAAGGCAUUUUGUAAGAAUGCAGUUUAUAAGGAAGAGAAUGGAAGGGUAAGUAUAAAAAUACACUUUUAGGAAGGAUUAAUUAAUGAAAUUCAAAUAAUGAGAAUUCUAGAUCAUCCAAACUUAAUGAAGUUGUAUGAAGUUUAUGAAACUUAAAAUUCGAUAUAUAUGUGUUUAGAAUUACUUGAGGGAGAUUAACUAUAUGGAUUAUUCAAAAUGAAAAGGACUUUUAAUAUCCAAUAGAUUCGUUCAAUAUUGAAAGGUUUAUUAGAAGGAUUGAAUUAUAUUCAUAGUAUGGGAAUAAUGCAUAGAGAUCUCAAACUAGAAAAUAUCUUAUUCAAAGAACCAGAGUAUGAUUAUAAUCUAUAGAUUAGAAAUUAUGAUUCAGUAGUAAUAGCUGAUUUUGGAUUGGCAACUAGGGUAGAUUAGAAACCAUAUCUAUAUACAAAAUGUGGAACUCCUGGGUUUGUUGCUCCGGAAGUUAUAAAUUUGAAAGAUGAUUCAUUUUCUUAUGGAUCUGUUUGUGAUAUGUAUUCUUUAGGAGUGAUCUUAUAUAUCUUGAUUACAGGAUAGCCAGUAUUCAAAGGAAAGAGUUAUAAUACAAUUGUAAGGAGGAAUCGAGAAGCUAUUGUGGAUUUUUAAAAAGAAAAACUUAAUUAAGUUUCAGAUACUUAGAGAUGUUUAUUGAUUAAAAUGCUUUAGGCUGAUCCUGAAUUAAGAAUCACUUCUAAGUAGGCUUUGAAACAUGAAUACUUUUUUGAAAACUAUGAGGAAGAAUUUGCUUCAAUGUAUACAGAUGAUGAUCCACAUUUGGAUGAAAGGCUUAUCAAAUUAAAUGCAGAAUAUAUUCGAUUAGAUAUGGAAAAGCUGAAAAGAUCUAACGAUGAAAAUGAUAUUUGCAAGACUGAAGAUCUAAAAGUUGAUUAGAGUUAAGAAAAGAAUGACUUUCUUAAAAUUAUCAUGAGAACUCCUGUCAUUACCGGAAGAACUGGAUCUAUUGACAGUAUUUUUCUAUUUCUAUAUAGAUUCUCCUCUUGUUGGAUUUUAAUCCCCUAAUCAAGAUAUUCAUAUACCUCAUAUUUAAUAAAUAUAGGCUAAAUGGAUCAAACCUUUUGUUUUAUAACAAUGACAAAAAC